AUGGUGGUUUUCUACAAUACGAAGUUGUAUCUUCAUUCUUUGGUAUGGUGUUCUCUCCUAAUUUGUCUCUCCUCAGGAUUCUCUACUAAAAAAUCCGUUUCACCAUCAGAGGGAGAACAAGAUCUUGGAUUGUUCCAGCAAUGGAUGAAGCAGCAUGGAAGAAUCUACUCAAAUUCUGAAGAGAGUGAAGCAAGAUACGAUAUUUUCAGAAGGAAUCUGAAGUAUAUCAGAGAGACUAAUUCUAGGAGAUCAAAGUCUCCCUCUGGAUAUCAUUUGGGCCUCAACAAGUUUGCUGAUAUGAGUCCUGAGGAGUUUAGGCAAAUGUACUUACAUCCACUAGAGAUGCCGGCGACCACCAUCGGGAGGUCAGACUAUGUCCAACAAGAUGACUCGUGUGCACCACCUGCUACCUGGGAUUGGAGAAAGCAAGGAGUUGUGACUGAAGUUAAGAACCAACAAAGUUGUGGAAGUUGUUGGGCAUUUGCAGCCACUGGAGCCAUGGAAUCAAUUCAUGCAAUAUCCACAGGGAAACUUUUUAGGCUUUCAGAACAAGAACUCGUAGACUGCGACACCUCAAGCCAUGGUUGUGCAGGUGGAUGGUCGCAUUAUGCCUUUGAAUGGGUUAUCCAAAAUGGAGGAAUUAGUGAAGAAGAUAAUUAUCCUUAUGUUGCCCAGAAGGGUGCUUGCAAAGCCAACAUGCAUGAUGGAGACAAAGUCGUCAAAAUUAGUAAAUAUACUCAAGUACCACAAUCCGAUGAUGCUCUCAAGUGUGCCACUUCUAAGCAGCCUGUAACUGUGGCUUUCAAUGCAACAGAUCUUCAGUUUUAUGAGGGUGGAAUUUAUGAUGGUGAGAAUUGCCCCAAGGAUUCAACUGGUGUGACUCAUAUUGCUUUGAUCGUUGGAUAUGAUUCAAAAGAUGGCACAGAUUAUUGGAUUGUGAAGAACUCAUGGGGAGAUACUUGGGGAAUGAAUGGAUACUUCUUUAUCCAGAGGAACACAAAUUUACCAAAUGGAGUUUGCUCUCUCAAUGCUUGGGCUUAUGUCCCAAACAUUUAAACUAGUAGUACACUUGUUACGUAGUUCUAUUGUCAACU